CGACUGAGCCACCCAGGUAGCUUUGGAGGAAGCCUGGACAUUUUGGAGACACAGACAUAUUUCUCUUCCAUCUUUCCUUUUAAAGGAAGCAGGAAGAGGAUUCUUCAUGAAAAAAUGCUCCAACUAAAAGCUGGAAUGCAGCAGCCACUAGAGAGGGGACCUGCUGAGAGGAGAGUGGAUGGGCAGCAGACUCAGCCCGAGGAGGCAGGGUCGUCCUCUGUGUCCCACAGCAGGAAAUACCAUUCCUUGAUCCAGGAUCAGGCUCGAGAGUUGACCCACCUGAGGCAAAAGAUGAGGAUGGGGAGAGCUUUCUCUUCCCUUCUCAUCCAGCAUGUCAGGAAUACGGUGAGAACCUUUGAGGAGCUCCUUAGCAGCAGUAGAGUUGACCGCUACAUGGAACAGCACUUCCGUGAGCAGCUGACCAAGGGGAGCCAACUGGCAGAGAGCCUUACCAGCAAAUUCAGCACAGGUAACUGUACAAGUGAGAAGAAUCAAGCAACACAGAUGCUGCGGACCCUCAGUCUCUUAAGGGAGAUGCAUAAGAAGGGUAAAGUGACAGAAGUCCUAAGGACCAGGCAGGAGGCCCAGCCCCACACUCUGCCUCAGAUCCACUCCAGCAACCAUGGCCAGUCUGCCACCCAUCUGUCCUCCAGCAGCACCUCCCUGCUUCAUGAAGAACAAGAAGAACGCCCUUCAGUGGAUGUGGCCAAUGUCACCCCAGCCACUCUUGCUGAUUCAGCUUCAUUGCUCAGCAACCAUCCAGAUGCCAGAUCUGCCCAGCCCUCCCAUCCUCUGAGUGGCACCACACAACUGAGCAGGACAGCAGACCCAGGGCACUGGGGCAACUGUGGCCCAUGGGACGAGAUGAGGCCUCAGAAAAUGAAUGCGUCUGGGCACCUAUCCUCCUUCUCCUCUUUGUACCGGCCCAACUCCAAACCCUCUGCAACAGGGGCUGACCUACUGGAAAAGAAUCUUGUGGAGAUCCAGAACCUGCGCCAGCGCCUAGAGGAGUCCAUCUGCCUCAACGACCGCCUGCAGGAGAGGCUGGAACACGUGCUCAGCUGUGCUGACAAAGGAAAAAGCAUCACACGGUCCGCUCCAGGUGUCUCCCUGGCAACCCCUCAUUCAUACGCUCAGAGUCACUCUUCCGGCUCUGCUCAGGACGUCUUGUGACAUAUGAUGUCUGGACGGUCUAGAAGAAUGUUCUCCAGAACUUUUCCAGCCCUAUCCAACAGCAUUCUUGGCUAUGAACUUGGAGGCAUCGACAUCGACUUUUAAAUGAAUGGAUCAAAUUAAUAAAUUCUUACUUAAAAAUUA